GGGUUGUUUUGUUUUUGUUAUUUUUUUUCUGGUUUCUCGAGACGAUCUCGUUGCGGUGUCUGCAUUUGCGCAGUCGCAACUUGCAACGCUUCAGUUAGGUUUUGACAACAGAACGCGUAGGAUCAGAGCUACAGCUACAGCUAUAGGGGCAGGCGGGUUACGGGAUACAAAAAUAAAAAAUAAAAAACAAUUAUUACUAUAAUAAUAAUAACAGCAACGGACCAAAUACAGUACAGCUCAAAUUAAACGGACAUUUGUUAAACAUUUUAUUCAAAAAUUUACAUUUUUUAAAAAAAAUCGUUACAAGUUGUGUUUUACAUUGUUUUAUUGAGUUUUUGUUAUUGACCAUAGAACAAACACGUUAAACUAUAAUUAAGAAAAGUGUUAACAAAUUGAAAAGCAAACAAAUACCAAAUUCGACAUGUCGUUCUCCAAGGCCAAAUUGAAGCGUUUCAAUGAUGUGGAUGUGGUGUGUGGUUCACCAGCCGGCUCCGUUUCCGUCUCCAAUUCGAACAGCUCGGCGGGCUCCGCGGGCAGUGCCACGCCCACAGCAGCGACUGUUGCUGCUGCUACAGUAGUGCCGCCUCCAGAGCGUAAGGAGCAGAUUGAGAAGUUCUUUAAGGAUGCCGUGCGCUUUGCUUCCAGCUCAAAGGAGGCCAAAGAGUUCGCCAUACCCAAGGAGGAUAAAAAGUCCAAGGGAUUGCGUCUCUUUCGCACUCCAUCGUUGCCGCAACGCUUGCGUUUCCGUCCAGCCUCUAGCCAUACGGCGGAGAGUGCUGUCGGCACGGGCACAGGAAGUGGCGCCUCCACGGCUGCGUCAACGCCGCUGCACUCGGCUGCCACGACGCCGGUAAAGGAGUCCAAGUCGGUGAAUCGUUUGAAGGGCAAGGAGGCACUGCAGCAGGAGAUUCGCAACAAGAACGAGCUAAUCGAGAGCUAUCUCAGCCAGCUGGAUGUGGUGCGUCGUCAUGUCGAUCAGCUGAAGGAGACCGAGCUGAAGAUGCGUGAGGAGCAUGAGCAGACAACGUCCAAAAUGGAUCAGCUGGUGCAGGCGCUCAGUGCCGAGAAUCUGGGACACAAGGAGCGCAACGAGCAGUUGACUUUGGAGCAGACAGAGCUCCUGGAACGCUAUGCCAAUCUCGAGCAGCAGCUGCAACAACAACGUGAGCAGCACGAACAGCAAGUGGAGCAACUUCUGGCCGAGAACGAGGCCUACAAGCUGGCCAAUGAGCAACUGCAGCAGGUGUGUGAACAGCAGCAAUCUGCCCAGGAUCAGUUGAAGGAGCAGCUCACUGGGCUACAGGCAGAGGUGGCCCAGGCACGCGACACUUGCAGCGCCGAGCAACAGAAGACGACACAGCACAUGGAACUGAUCGAGGACUUGCAGUCAAAGAAUGCCACACUGCUGGCGGAUGUGCUGGUGCUGAAGCAACAGAUCGAACAGGAUGCCCUCUCCUAUGGUCAGGAGGCAAAGGUCAGUCAGACGGAGCUCGAGUGUCUGCGCGUGGAGCGCAACACGCUGAAGAAUGAUCUGGCCAACAAGUGUACGCUGAUUCGCUCGCUGCAGGACGAGCUGCUGGACAAGAGCUGUGAGAUCGAUGCCCACUGCGACACCAUACGCCAGCUGUGCCAGGAGAAGGCCAAGCAGGCGGAGCAGCAGCAGGCGGUGGCCAAGGUCCAACAGCAGGUCGAGAGUGAUCUGGAGAGCGCUGUGGAGCGCGAGAAGUGCUACUGGCGUGCCGAGCUGGACAAGCGCCAGAAGCUGGCCGAGAACGAGCUCAUCAAGAUCGAGCUGGAGAAACAGGAUGUCAUGGUGCUGCUGGAGACCACCAAUGAUAUGCUGCGUCAGCGGGACGAGAAGCUGCAAAAGUGCGAGGAGCAGCUGCGCAAUGGCAUCGACUAUUACAUCCAGUUGAGCGACACAUUGCAGCAGCAGCUGGUGCAGCUGAAGCAGGACAUGGCCAAGACCAUUACCGAGAAGUACAACUAUCAGCUGACCCUGAACAACACACGCUCCACGGUCAACAUACUGAUGGAGCGCCUGAAGAAGUCCGAUGCCGAUGUGGAGCAGUUCAAGGCGGAGUUGGAGUCGGUGCAGCUGGCCAAGGGUGCACUGGAGCAGAGCUAUUUGACCCUACAAGCGGAUGCGGAGCAGCUGCGUCAACAGCUCAACGAAUCCCAGAAGGCACUUGAGGCAUUGCGCAGCUCCUCACAGACACUGCAGAGUGAGGAUCGCAUCGAUGGCGAUGCUCAGUUGGCCCAUUACAGCGACCUGUACAGCGAUCUGAAGCGCAAGGACGAGACACGGGAACUCUACAUGGCGGACAUGAAGAAGGCGCUCGACGAGUUUGCCACCGUGCUGCAGUUCGCCCAACUCGAGCUGGACAACAAGGAGCAGCUGCUGCUCAAGGUGCGCGAGGAGUGCGAACAGCUCAAGCUGGAGAACAUCGCAUUGAAAUCAAAGCAACAACCCACAGUGGCAAUGCUAACGCCCAGCAAACUGAACAAACCGAAUACCACAGAUCUGGAGAAGAUUGAGGAUCUGUUGAUCGAUUCCGAGCUGCGUGCCGAAUGCGACAAGAUCACAUCGUGGCUGCUCAACUCAUCGGAGAAGUGUGUGCGUCAGGAUAACAACAGCGAGCUGAGCGACAUUCUCGCCUGCAAAUCGCCAAAAACUCGCACUCCCCGCACCCCACACAGUCCACGCACACCGCGCACUCCCAAAUCCGCGAGCAGCACACCCAAGAAAUCGCUGCUCUUUGCCAGCGGCAAGGAGAAUGUGCCAAGUCCGCCACAGAAGCAGGUGCUCAAGGCGCGAAACAUGUAGGAGGCGAAACGAGACAAAAAAAAAAAAACAACAGAGAAACAAACAACUCUCGCAAACUACAAAAUGAUAACUUUAGGCUACAUUUUCAACAACUCUCGUAUAUAAUAAAUUAUAAGAAAUACAUAUAUUUUAGUUAAGGCACGUAAUAUGAUGAAAUACAUGAUGUACAUUGUUGCAUACGACAAUUAGACAAAACUCGUUUUGAUUUCUAUUUUCCCAGAGCAGUCAAGUUGUUUCAACCCUUAACCCCCCAAAUGGAAGGUAACAUUCGACGCUGAUUGAACACGACACACGUGCGUCUUUUGCCUGAGACGCAUUCA